AGAUUUUAAUUUUUCGCAAAAAUAAAAUUUAAAAUACAGAAUAAGUUUACAAAAUAUAUUUGUGCCUUUGUAUAUAAAUACAUUAAAUAUUUUUUUCAAGUUCUGAAGCUUCUGCGUGCAAAAAAAAUUAUUAAAGCGGAAUACUAUUAACCUUGCGACACUAUGUGGAUUUUGGAUAUAAAUUCAUUUUUAUAGCGUCACAGUGGCGGGUUGUGAGCACGGAGCUAGCGGCGCUGCCUCGGGGGGCGGGCGGCCGGGCGACACAAUACGUCGCGUCAAGGUGAAGAUGUCGUCAGUUUCUGCUCAAGGCGUGGUGGAGCGCGCUUCUGCUGAACUCUCGCGUCGAAUCACCGGCCUCGGCCUCCGUGGCAGAAAGCGUUCCCCUGGCGUAGUGGAACGGGUUGCUAACGCACUCUGUGGUCCUGCCUCAUCUGCUCCGAGAAUACCCCGUCGGAGAAGACCCUCACCGAGACCACUAGUCUGGAGUCAGUUUAUAUUAGAUGAAAAAUUUCUUGAAAAGUUUUUUCUUUAUUUCAAUUCAAAUGAUAGAAGAACCCUUGCUCAAGUAUGCACGAAGUGGAGGGAUAUUCUGUACUCGUCUACCCGCUGGUGGAUGGGUCUUGUUGCCAUAGUGGAUUUCCGUGAGAGUAGAUCUGAGUCUGAAUGUUGCAUGCAAAGAUUUUAUAACUCUGUGGUGAGGAGGGGUGUUCGUGGAAUGGCUUUGGUGGCGGCAUCAGAUGAGGACAUUAAUGAGUUUAUUCGAGUAUUUCCAUUGUCAGCUAACCAUGUUAAUGCUUUAAGUUUGAAGGGUUGUACAGUAACAGACAGAGGUUUAGAGUGUAUUCUGGAUCAUUUAGAGGUUCUAUUUGAGCUUGAGUUAACAGGCUGUAAUGAAAUAACAGAGGCUGGUAUAUGGGCAUGUUUAACCCCAAGAAUUGUCUCACUCACACUUACUGACUGUAUUAACAUUGCAGAUGAAGCUGUUGGUGCUGUGGCUCAGCUCUUACCAUCAUUGUAUGAGUUCUCUCUUCAAGCCUAUCAUGUGACAGAUGCAGCUUUGGGUUAUUUUUCUCAAAAGCAGAGUGCUUCACUCAGUAUAUUAAGGCUUCACAGUUGUUGGGAACUUACAAAUCAUGGGGUCGUAAACAUAGUUCACUCAUUACCGAACCUAACGGUGCUGUCACUAAGUGGGUGCAGUAAAGUAACAGACGAAGGUGUGGAGUUGGUCGCAGAGAAUCUUCCACGUCUAAGAAGCCUCGACCUUAGCUGGUGUCCGCGAGUAACUGAUAGCGCGCUGGAGUACAUCGCCUGUGAUCUCAACCAACUAGAAGAAUUGACACUUGACAGGUGCGUGCACAUAACCGACAUAGGCGUGGGUUACAUCAGCACGAUGCAAUCUCUGGUCGCGUUGUAUCUGCGUUGGUGCUCACAACUCCGAGAUUUUGGGGUACAACAUCUAUGUGCUAUGCGCGCAUUGCAACUGCUCUCGCUGGCCGGGUGCCCAUUGCUAACGUCAGGCGGUUUGUCCAGUUUGAUACAGCUCCGUCAAUUACGAGAACUUGAAUUGACGAAUUGUCCAGGGGCUUCGCCAGAACUAUUCGAUUACCUGCGGGAACACCUGCCCAGAUGUGUCAUCAUAGAAUAAUAUGCGUAGGUAUUACUUCAGGGAUUGCACGUGGCUUGUGUAGCAACUAAGAAAGUGUUCUUGUAAGAAUUUGAAUUCUGAAACGUUUUUCAACAUUUAUGAAAUUCUAUGAUUGUUGAAUAUUCUUGAGCAUCUAAAAUUGUCAUACUUUAUUGGUAUAGAACAUUACCUUGAUACUUGAUACAACCAUAGACUUUACUUGUCACUGAAUUCAAACUAUAUGUUACAGAAAAUGACAAGUCUGCUGAAUCUGUUAAUAAUCUAUACUUGAUAUGUGGUUACAAAUGACCCUGGAGUGUUGCCAUAUGCACUAUUUCCGUUAACAAUCAUUAAAUCAUCUAAUUUAUGAUAAAAAGUCUUGUUCUAAAAUAUUAAAAUAUUUUUUUUAUUUGAAUUACAAAUUAAAUGGUCAUAGUGCAUGUGCCUCCGAAGAGUAAAAUUUAUAUUCAAUAUAAAAUAAAUAUACAGUAUUUGCUAAUAGUCAAUUUUUAAAGUUGCAAUAUGCGUUAUUCGAUUAAGACUAAUCUGAAUCUCAAAAUGACUAUUUUCGAUAUAUUUUUAGCUUCAUAUUUUCACUACGCUAUUUGUGUGGUGCUGAAUGCUAAUUUAAGUUUGACCAAUUGUACGCUUUUCACGAGACUUGGAUUUAUUGCAUAAGACUACCGUUCUCUAUGUAUUGUACAGAAGUAGCGUUAUUAUAGUAUAGCUCAAAUUUCCGAAUAUUAUUUUUAAAUAUAUUUACGGCGAUUUUUUUAUAAAGCAGUGAAGUGUUUGUUAUCGUUUUUAUGUUCUUUAAUUCUAAAAAUGUUCGCGCGAUUGUAGCGCUUUAAGGGUGAACUAACAAGAGAUGGCGAAAAGACGCAUAAACAUAAGAUACAUAGCAGUGCAAUUUGGUAUUUAAUUUAGAGAAUCGCCUUAUUGAUCAUUAUGAUAUAUUAAGAACUUAGUCUCUAAAUAAAACUAUGAAUGAGUGUAUUAUUUAGCAUAAAUCUCUAGAUUUUUGCACCGCAAUAUCCCACCUAAUUAUAUUUGCUCAAGUUUCUCUUAACUGCGGAACGUUACGUAUGUGAUUAAUCGCUUUCAUUAUCUAUUAAUCAAAUUUAAAAAAAAAUUACGUGGAUACAAUAAAAGAUUUCUAGUUUGUAUAGAAGUUAUGUAUAUGAACUAACUCAUCGACAGCUUCUUAAAACUUAUCACGGCAAAUUACAAUCGAAAACAAAAUCUAAGUAAAUGUGACAAAGUUUGAAAGGCUGACAUAAAAAUGGCUUCGUUAAAUAUUUGUAUGAAGAUUCUUACAGAUCGCAAAAUUAAUAGUUUUCAUACAAAUGUGUAAUGAAGAGGUUUUGUAUGGUAGCGUUUUAUACUUUAUCUAACUCAUUGUAAGGCUACUGUAGUGCUACUGUUGGCAAAGUGUUGCAUGUUAACGACUGCGUAGAAUAUUUGUACGAAAUCUUGUUUUGCUUGAAAAGUGGUUCCGUUUAAAUUAUUGACUAAGGGAGCGUUCAAGUAUUACGUCACGCAAUUUUUGGAGAUUCUUGCCCCCCCCCCCCCCCAUGAAACGCGCCGUAACGUUUCUGUAUCCAAUAGUAAAACGUUUCGUGACCAACCCCAGUGACUCUUUAUACCUUACCAUUAUGUGGUGUAAAGUACUGGAAAGUGCAAAAUAAUAUAACAAUAAUGCGUAAUUCAAUUCCCGGCCCGAAUCAUAACGUUUUACAAGAGGACCCCCCCCCCCCUCCACAUUCGUUAAGUAAUACUUGAACGCUCGCUAACUACUGACUAUAAUUAGUUGGCCUCAGAUAAUUCAUCCACAUAUUUUGUCAUUGCUGUCAUUAAAAAAAUGCCGGUGUAUAAGACUAAAUAAAUAAUUAAUAUAAAUUUAAUUAACAGGAUCCAAUAUUAUAGAUGUUAAUAACAUGAAACCUAUAUAACCAUUUGGUAAACAAUAUUGAACUAUAAUGUCUGCUAUUUCUAGUUUAAGUCUAGUCAAAAAAUUAUGUUUAGUUAUCUAACAUAUUGUGGUUCUUAUGUUAAUAUGUGUGACUGGUAUGCAAUACCUAUACUAAACAAGUAUGUUAGGAGAUUUAAAGUUCAGACAUUUUUGCUAACUAUACAUGUUUGCCUGUAUGCGUAAGUCGUUCACACAUAGGGGUCUUGAGAUAAAAUCACUAUUCGAAAGGUAAUUAGGUAAAAUUAUAUGGGAAUGACAGCUCACGCUUAGUCACGUGACCAUUUUAACCAUUUUGUGUCAAGCCCAUGGAACCAAAUAUGUUAUAUCUCGCUCUCUCAUAUUAAAUCUUUCUCUCUCUUAAAUAAUAAUUGGUAAAAAUAUUUUGUCUAAUCAGUUAUUUGAGGAAUAUCAACUAUAAUUUCGUAAUGAUUCUUUGAUUUUUAUUAUUUAAAACUCUGGUAAGGCCUAUUCUAUAACAUGUUCUUUUGACAAACGGUUCUAUGAGAAAUAUGGCGGUAUUUUGAUCAAAGAAAUCGGGCAUAUUUUCGUAACUCUGUCUAAAAAAUCUGCAAAAAUAAAGAUCUAAAUCUCAGCUUGGAUAUUGGCGGAUAUUUAACUCAUGAAGUUUUAUUGCGUUUAAAACAUAAAAAUUACACUUGACCUUAAAUAUCGCGCGUCAAAUUAGUUGCAUAAUUCUGUACAUAACGUACAACCUGUUAUAUGUGCGUCGUACACGGAAUAAAUAAAUAAGGUUGAAAACGCCUUUGGUCGAAUGUAUUAGGAGUGAAACGCUUACUUGACAUACACAAGCUCUAAGUGACGUCGCCAAUAUUUUACUUUUUUAAAAGCAUAACAGGUUAUUUAUUAUCUCUUAAUAUAUAUGUGUUUUAGCAAGUAUUAACUUUUGAUUAUUUUUUUUAGUUACUGAAGUAUCAUAUUUACUGCAUCCCAACUUUUACUAUAUUUUUACAGAUACUAGAUAUGUGUACGUAGUCAAUUCUCGAAUAAAAUAUUUUAAUAGACGCAAAAACGGUAUGUUAUUGCUCACUAGAACACGGACGGACUUCGUGUGGAGACACCAGUUUUAUGGUCUCUAAAGAAAUGAUAAUUAUUAUACAAUCAAAUUUAUAUAGAUUCCGCUUAAUAAAUACGUUUGUCCGUGGGCAAUAUUACUAGAAAAAGUAUUGACCAUUUAGAAGCACAAUAGCUAUAAGUAAUAAAAUUAUUCCGUAAUUUUUAAAUUUUCGUUGAUAAUACUAAAAUGCCCUUAUUACUACGUUACAAAGUUAUUAUUAUGAUAUUUUUUUAGGUUUAUGAUUUUUCUAGUUUUUUUACAAAUUUUAUUACUAUACCGUCCGAAUCUUAUGUACAAGUGUGUGAAUGUGUGUGUUAAGUGUGCAUGAUAAAUAUUAAAGGUAACAAUACUGAACAGAGGUUUUGUAUUAGAAGAUUUAACAAGUAUAUAUGAUUUGUGGUUAAUUAAUCGUAUCGAGACAUUAUAGACACAGUAGAAAGUAGAUAAAACAUUUCAUCUUAAGAAAUUCUUUAACAAAACUACGUAAAACCAGCAAUAUUAUGAAAUAGGCGUGACUCUUAACGUAUGUAGCACUAGUGUAGCUUGUUUAAAUACUUAUAUAUAUGUAUAUGUUCUCACAUUAUUCUCAAAUAUUUGGUGUUGUGUAGAAUUUUAUUUUGCCCUAAUAGUAGAGUGCUCAUUCUGUACAUAGUUCGUGACAAAUAAUUUAAAAUUCAAAUAAGACUUAUAACGUUGUUUAGACGAUAAUUCUGGUAAUGGAAAUGGUUGUAAUUAAACAAUAUAAGCAAUAAUAUUUGUCUAUUUAUAACGUAUUACGCAGCGUUUUACUACUACUAGACAACUCUGGGCAACAGCACCAUUAAGAAUUCGAAGUCAUCCUUUUACAACUUUACCUUGAAAGUAUUGUCACUGCGUGGUCUGAAUCUAUAUUUUUGUAUAUGUGUGGUAGCUAUUUAAUUAUCAAUUUAGCAUUUAUUAAAUGUACUUGUGUGUUUUAUUUGUGGCUGAUAUUUGAAUUUUGUGUUGAACCUUAUUCCUUAUGAGUUGAAAAAACAUGGUUAUGUACUUAAAUAUGUAUGUCUUUUAUAUUUUAGGUAGCGUGUUUAUUUGUAAAUUACUAAGUGAGAUGUUA